AUUAAUUAAUUAGUUAAUUAGUUAAAGCUAGGAAUUGGGCACAGAAAUUAUUUUAAAAUACUAGUUGCUGGGAUGUAAGUGCAGGUCAUGUAGAGGUGAACUUCAGGAUAAUUAAUUUUGCUCACAAGCCUGUCGUAGCCAUGAUAACACUUAUUCAGACCAAUUCAGGCUUUUGUCGUUGUUAGCUCUAGUACUGCAAACACAUUUUAAGAUAAUAUCCUUUUAAUUAUUUAUAAUUAUGGACUAAUUUCAUUUAGAAAGAAAUGAUAAUACUCGAAUCCCAUGUCCACUUAAAGCUUUAAAAUAAUUCAAAGCAGUGAAGAGUGCGCUGUACGAAAGAGAGUGUGCUGAAAGCAGACGUUCUCAGGACUUGGGCUCUAAAUUUUAUUGUUUCUGGGACUCAGAUGAUGGCUAUAUAACACAGAUUUAGAGAGAGUUUUUAAGACUCCUCUUGGCAUAGGUGAGCAGAAUGGUUCCUUGGAAACGGUCCAGGUGUGCAGUCACAGUGAAGUGCGGAUGAAAGGUGCAGGUGCACGCAGCGCGCGCCGACACGCAGCAAACGGCAAGUUCCGCGGAGCCUGUCUGUCCAUGAAGGACAGUGAAUUUCUCUUGGUCUUUUAACGACUGCUGUUUCAGAAAGGGGGGGAAAAUCAGCACUGAAACUACCUGUAAGGCAAAACUCCCGAAACCUAACCCUACCAGGCAUGCUCUUACAGAAAGCUGUUCUUAACUCUUGCAGUGCGGCGACAGUGAGGACAUGUGUUACACAUUACAGCGCCCAGGGAAUACAGGCGUCCGCAGUGUGGAGUCACAGUGAAGGCUAAUUUCCAAACCAAGCGGUAGCCUUUUGCUCCCUGUGUAGCUCUGUUACUUACCAGUGCUUCUUAUUAGCUGGACAUUAGUUGAGGGCUGCCGUGGGUGGGACAGGGAAAUGGAAAUUUAAAGGGGACCAGAGUGAGGAUAUCUGAACCCCUCGCUCCCCUGCCCAGCAGCCCCCUGAGUGAGCAUACACUCAGCACUUCGCACUGGGCAUUGCAGAGUCUUACACUGUCUGUCUGCAAAGGGCUGAAGGCAGAGCUGUCCAUGGUUAGGAAAAAUGUCCCGACUGUUGGUUGAGAAUCAGGUACUAACAGUCCUCUUGGUGAACAAAACUUAUUAGCGGGCUGGGGCAGGAAUGCUAGCUCUCAGCAGCAGGCAGGAGAAAUUGCUGUUGCAACGCUUACCUCUCUGGGGAGGAAUCAGAUAUCAGACUUUGCCAAGCCUGAGGUCCAACCCCUGAGGUCCCACCUACAUCCCCGCCCCAUCCCAGCUUUGUUAGAUUGCUAGCAUCGAUCGCUGGCUUUUCUCUGACCCAACAGUGGGUGAAGAAGGAAAGAGCCAGCAAGACUGAAAGCAAACAAGGUGGGGGUGGAAGGACUGGAGCCGCUUUUGCAGAGAGCAAAAGAAAAAAGAAAGAAAAGGGGUGGGGGCCUUGGGGACUCAGCUGAACUGGUGCCUGCCUGCUUCUCUUUGAUUUGAUGGCCUUUAUUCCUUCUAAUUGGAUAAAAUAGGAAGUCACUGGCUGUCCUGUGUUGCCGGGUAUACUGAUUUUACUCAGAGCGGCCAGCAGCUCUAGAGUGUGGACAGCGGGUGGGGGCUGGGAUAGGAGGGAGGAAAAAGAGACUGAGAGAGAGAACGUCUUUGAAAGAGGAGGGGAAAGAAGGAGCGAGAGACUGUGAAGAAAGCGAGAGCCGCAGAGGAAGAAAGUGAAUGAGCGCUCAGGAGCACAAAGAGGAGUGGUAGGGGGUGGGGGUGGGGGGGGAAGGCAGGGCGGGGAGAGGAGUUACCGCCCCUCCUGGCGCACUCUUCCCCUCGGGUCCCUCUGCGAGGAUGCUGUGUGCAGUGAUGCUCAGAGGGCAGGCACCUGCUGCUCUGUAAUGAUUCAGCCUCGUUCCGCCGUCGCGUUAACACAACAGGAUGCUGUUGCUACUGUCACUGCUGCCCCUCCUGCCGCCGCCGCUGCUGCCUCCGCCGCCGCCAGCGCUGGUCCUGCUUUUGCUCUUACUUCUCCUGCAUGACAGUUGUUUUCUCCAUCUAAGCAGACAGCAGCUUCAGAUGCCCGAGGUGAGAAACAUGCCUUUCAGUUUGGGCUACUGGUUUACUUAAUCGACCCACCGUCAGCUCGGUUUCUGUUUUGGCCCCUGUCCUCUGGACCAGCCCGGAUGGUUUGGAGAAGCAUUUAAAAGAACUGCAAAAGUGGCCCCAAAACAGCGGUAAAGAAUUACAAUAUACUUUUUAUUUGGUGGUUGCUAAAGGCUUGUUCUUUUUCUUCCUUCCUUCUGAACUCCUCUUGCUUUUGAUAAUGGCCUUGGACUUGGACGACUUAUCGAUUUCCCCCUGUAAGAUGCUGUCUCAUUUGGCUGGGGGGGGCCCUGCAUGGUAAUGGACCGUGAGAGAGGCCGGGCCUUCUGGAGGUGAGCCGAUGGAGAUCUAUUCCCCAGACAUGUCUGAGGGAGCUGCUGAGAGGUCCUCCAGCCCCUCCACCCAGCUGAGUGCAGACCCGUCUCUUGAUGGGCUUCCAGCAGCAGAAGACAUGCCAGAGACCCAGACGGAAGAUGGGAGAACCCCCGGACUCGUGGGCCUGGCGGUUCCCUGCUGCGUCUGCCUGGAAGCCGAGCGCCUGAGAGGUUGCCUCAACUCGGAGAAAAUCUGCAUUGUCCCCAUUCUGGCUUGCCUAGUCAGCCUCUGCCUCUGCAUUGCCGGCCUCAAGUGGGUAUUUGUGGACAAGAUAUUUGAGUAUGACUCUCCUACUCACCUUGACCCUGGGGGGUUAGGCCAGGACCCUAUUAUUUCUCUGGAUCCAACUGCUGCCUCAGCUGUGUGGGUAUCAUCUGAGGCAUAUACUUCACCCGUCUCUAGGGCUCAGUCUGAAGCUGAGGUUCAAGUUACAGUACAAGUUGGUGACAAUACUGUGGUGUCCUCUGAACCUUCAGCAGUACCAACCCCGAAGAAUCGUGCUUUUUCUUUUUCUUUCCUGCCACCCACUGCACCAUCCUUCCCUUCACCCACUCGGAACCCUGAGGUGAGAACACCCAAGUCAGCAACUCAGCCACAAACAACAGAAACUAAUCUCCAAACUGCUCCUAAACUUUCUACGUCUACAUCUACAACGGGGACAAGUCAUCUUGUCAAAUGUGCAGAGAAGGAGAAAACGUUCUGUGUGAAUGGAGGCGAGUGCUUCAUGGUGAAAGACCUUUCCAACCCCUCAAGAUACUUGUGCAAGUGCCCAAAUGAGUUUACUGGUGAUCGCUGCCAAAACUACGUAAUGGCCAGCUUCUACAAGCAUCUUGGGAUUGAAUUUAUGGAAGCGGAGGAGCUCUACCAGAAGAGGGUGCUGACCAUCACCGGCAUCUGCAUCGCCCUGCUCGUGGUCGGCAUCAUGUGUGUGGUGGCCUACUGCAAAACCAAGAAGCAGCGGAAAAAGCUUCACGACCGGCUGCGGCAGAGUCUGCGGUCGGAGCGCAACAACAUGGUGAACAUCGCCAACGGGCCUCACCACCCGAACCCACCCGCCGAGAACGUGCAGCUGGUGAACCAAUAUGUAUCUAAAAAUAUCAUCUCCAGCGAGCAAAUCGUUGAGCGAGAAGUGGAGACAUCUUUUUCCACCAGUCACUACACCUCGACAGCUCAUCACUCCACUACUGUCACCCAGACUCCUAGUCACAGCUGGAGCAAUGGACACACCGAAAGCAUCAUUUCAGAAAGCCACUCUGUAAUCAUGAUGUCAUCAGUAGAAAACAGUAGGCACGGCAGCCCGACUGGGGGCGCGAGAGGACGGCUAAAUGGCAUAGGAGGCCCUCGUGAAUGUAACAGCUUCCUCAGGCAUGCCAGAGAAACCCCUGACUCCUACCGAGACUCUCCUCAUAGUGAAAGGUAUGUGUCAGCCAUGACCACCCCGGCUCGUAUGUCACCUGUAGAUUUCCACACGCCAAGCUCCCCCAAAUCGCCCCCUUCGGAAAUGUCUCCACCUGUGUCCAGCACGACAGCGUCUGUGCCCUCCAUGGCCAUCAGUCCCUUUGUGGAAGAAGAGAGACCUCUGCUUCUGGUGACACCGCCCAGGCUGCGGGAAAAGUGCGACCACCACCCUCAGCAGUUCAACUCCUUCCACCACAACCCCGCGCAUGAGAGCAACAGCCUGCCCCCUAGCCCCUUGAGGAUAGUGGAGGAUGAGGAGUAUGAAACGACCCAGGAGUACGAGCCAGCUCAAGAACCUGUUAAGAAACUCACCAACAGCCGGCGGGCCAAAAGAACCAAGCCCAAUGGCCACAUUGCCAACAGGUUGGAAAUGGACAGCAACACAAGCGCUGAGUGCAGUAACUCAGAGAGCGAAACAGAAGACGAGAGAGUAGGUGAAGCAACACCUUUCCUGGGCAUACAGAACCCCCUGGCAGCCAGUCUCGAGGCGGCCCCUGCCUUCCGCCUGGCUGAGAGCAGGACUAACCCCGCAGGCCGCUUCUCUACGCAGGAGGAUUUGCAGGCCAGGCUGUCUAGUGUAAUCGCUAACCAAGACCCUAUCGCUGUAUAAAACCUAAAUAAACACAUAGAUUCACCUGUAAAACUUUAUUUUAUAUAAUAAAGUAUUCCACCUUAAAUUAAACAAUUUAUUUUAUUUUAGCAGUUCUGCAAAUAGAAAACAGGAAAAAAAACUUUUAUAAAUUAAAUAUAUGUAUGUAAAAAUGUGUUAUGUGCCAUAUGUAGCAAUUUUUUACAGUAUUUCAAAAUGAGAAAGAUAUCAAUGGUGCCUUUAUGUUAUGUUAUGUCGAGAGCAAGUUUUGUACCAUUACCGUGAUUGCUUUUCCACAGUAUUUCUGCAAAACCUCCCAUAUAUUCAGUUUUUGCUGGCUUCUCGUGCAUUGCAUUAUGAUGUUGACCGGAUGUAUGAUUUGCAAGACUUGCAACUGUUCCUCUGUUUGCUUCCUGUAGCCCCCAAUCAGUCAGUACGUCUUGUAAUGGCACAUCCAUCCAAAUACUCUCCUCUUUUGUAUGAAGUUUUAUUUUGCUUUCAGUAUAUGAAAUGAGUUGUGUCUACUCUGCCAGCCAAAGGUUUGCUUCACUGGGCUCUGAGAUAAUAGUAGAUCCAACAGCAUGCUACUAUUAAUUACAGCAGGAAACUGCAUUAAGUAAUGUUAAAUAUUAGGAAGAAAGUAAUAUUGUGAUUUUUUUUAAAAAACUAUAUUAUUAAUGAGAAGACAGCUUGCUCUCACUCAAAGGAGCUACCAUUUACUUGAUUUUGAUUUUUUUUUUUGACAAGCAAGCCACAGUUUGGGGUGGGAGUAGCAGAGAAAUUGUGUUCUGGCUUGCUACUAGGGUAUGUCCAACACCUUACGAGAGGACUUAAUGCCACUUUCUCUCUGGGGGAAUGACACAGCGGCUCAUCUAGUUGAAGAGCAAACCAUGGCUGAGAAAGGUGCAAUCAUUCCUGACUUGUAUUUUUCAUCGAUUUCGGAGCCAGUAAUUGGUUGUCUUCUUGGCUCAAAACAGACAUACUAUGGCACAAAACCCCCAGCUGAAACAGCACACUCAGCAGUUUGUCUGAAGCACUUCUAGACUGAAAUGUGCCUGCUGUUCGUAGUGGUGACUUGUCAUCAUGGGGAAACAGAGUGUCUAGAAGGAGUGACUGUGUAGAAGACACAGGUGGAGAGCAGCUGUGUGACUGGGUUGCAAUUUCAUACAGUUUUGUUGACCACUCCUUUCUCCUCAUUCUUUUUCUCUUGUUUUCCAGUGUUGCCUUGAUUAGGUCAUAACUAUGCAUGAACAUUCUUGUCAGGAAUGGCCAAUGUGCAUGUGAUUUGUGAUUAGUAAGAACCUUCCGCGAGCCAUGCUUCACCAGGAAGCAUCAGUCGUGUUGGAAGAUGGCACAUUUCCUUGCAGAAAUGCCCCCUCUUGUGUACUGACCUCUCAAUUCGCAGCCUGUAUCACCCAUUUUCCCCCUUUCUGACUUUUUGCUUUGCUGUCACAGAACAGGACUAAGAUGGGCCUAAACUUUGCAUGUUCUCUUGUGAUUGUAAAUCCAAGAAAGGCCUAUAGGUAUUAACAUUUGAAAUAACUGCUAAUCUAGGAAAAUAAGAGAUUUCUUUAAAAAUCAGAGGCUCCAUUUAAUGACCUGCCUGAAAUCUGUCAAAUCAGGUUGGAGCCUAACUUAGGUUCCAUGUAGAUGCUAGGAACCAUGUGACAAAACGGGAAACAGGUUAGCACGGGGCUCAAAAUACCAGGCAUGCAGUCAAUGAGAGUAACUGCUUCUUGUUUGAAGGUGAACUGAACCUAUUUCUUCACCAGGUCUCUAUGUUAAAGGUAAAGGGAAAAAAUAGCAUGCAAGCAGGUCUUAGAAGAAAGAUGCAGGCUGAGCAUGAGUCCUAUCAUUGAGCUCCUCCAUGUUUCUGCCACUCACAGAGAUGGCUGUCCGCAGGUACUUGAUGUCACUCUGAGUGUUUGGUCUCCCAAGCUGCCCUUCGUUGUUCACAUGCCACUUUCUCCGUGCCCAGCAGUGCCCGAGUCAGCUUGCUCCUCCACAGGGAGGGGCCCCUCACAGGCUGCAUAAGUUGCACUGAUUUUGCAGGUCUGUAGAAACAAGUGCAUUCAUGGCAGGAGCAAGAAGACAAGUCAACAUAAGGAAGUUCUAUAGAUUAUUCUAACAUUUGAAGGGCUUGAGUCAGCCUUAGACUGUUUCAAUAAAAAAAACUUCCUCUCAUGAAUUAAAACUCUAAAAUUUGUGUUUCAAAUGCUACAGGCUUUGGAGUAUUCAAAUGCCUCAUUCUGGAGAAUUCUGGGAAUAAAUAAAAUCUGCUGAGAUCAAUGACCAGCAUUUUCAUCAGUUUGAAAAUAGCUGUAAAUUUUUAUGUUGCAAAAGUAUGUGAAAAUUUAGGAUAAGAGGAAAUUUCACUUCCAACUUGAUUCUGGGCACUCAAAGAGGUGGCAUUAGUCAUGACAGCAUUGCCAUCUGUAGAAUAAGAGCUUCCCUUGAUAAGAAAGGCCAGCUGACUCCUCAGGGCUAUCUGCUGCAGCCACCAACUUUGUGUUCACAGGGGCAUCUCUAUGAUGUUUAAUUGCCACAUGGCUCUCAACCAACCCUGUUUAUAAACACAGGCAGUGCUGUGGCAAUUCAAAGGAGCUCGAACCAAUGUUCCCAACCUCUGAAAAGCUUUCGUGGGUUUUCAGGCAGUGGAAAUUGCCCAGAAGUUCAACAGCAGCUUCCUUCCCCUGGGCCUGAAAUCAUGUCCCACUGAGGGGUAUGCAAAGGAACAUAGUAUAUGCAAAACUCCUUUUUCUCACUCAAGAUUCCUUCUCUGUCCUACCCUUCCUUUCUGCCUGGUAUGACUUUUCUUACCUGGACAAUCUCAUGCAUUCCACAAAAUAGCACUCGACCUGGGUGUAUGUGAAUGUGUUUCAAACACCAACACGCUGUAUCUUCUUUGUUUAAGUGUGACCGUCUUGAUAAAAGUGGAGUUUAUCCAGGGUAACUUGCUCAGUAAUUGUUUUUUUUUUUUGGUCUGGGGUUGAAAGGUGCAUGGUUCACACUGGUGAAAAUAAGAAAGGCCUGGUUUUUUCAUUCAAUGCUGGCUGCAUUCCACCAGCCACCGAGAUUUCUAUCUACAAAGAUCCAUGAAACACUGCAGAGAAACGCAGACAAAAGGAAAUGGCCACAUAUCACAAGUUCUAUUAUAUAUUCUUUUGUAAAUACACAUUGUACAUUACUUGGAUGUUUUCCUAAAUCAUUUACUGUCUUUAUGAGUUAAUGUCAGAUUUUUACUCCCUCAACUUACUGUGUAACAUUGUAAAUAACAUAAUGUCUUUUAUUAUUUAUAUUUAAGCAUCUAACAUAGAGUCGUUUUCAUAUAAGUUUAAGAUAAAUGUCAAAAAUAUAUGUUUUUUUGUUUUCCUUUGCUUUAAAAUUAUGUAUCUUUUCUUUUUUCAUUUUUUUAAAAUAAUUUAUUGUUCAGGAGAAAGAAUGUAUAUGUAAUUGAAACUAUUUGAAGAAUGCACAUUUGAAGGCGUGGGGUACUGAUAAACUAAAGAAUUUAUUAUCCAAAAUAUUAAGCAAUAAGUAAUUGUGAUUUAUUUCAAGUUCUGUUCAUUUUCCAUGAAAGACAUACUGCAAUAAAAAAUGCUCCCCCGCGGAGACCUCGGAGUGUUGCUCAGCAGACUAGCGUUUCAGUCUGUUAGACCAGCACCUGUCCUGUUCCUGCAUCAGCUGUGUUCAUUUAGGAAUGUGUUCGGUGGACCCCACGAUCAGCUUGUCUGUCCGUCGCUUAUGCCACAUGACCUAUUCUUCAGUCAUCUUCUGCCUGCUGAUUCUGCUUGCCACUAUAAUCCUUGCUGAAGGGGCCACGACCAAGCUGUAUGAGUCCCUCCCCCCCCCCCCCACCCCCACACAA